GCUAAGUUGGCGACUCUCUCUUUUCGCGAUCCAUGUCUCUUUCGGUACACAAGCCAACAUGAGUCGUGUCAGAACGAAGACGGUCAAAAAGGCCGCAAAGCUCAUUAUCGAGAAGUACUAUCCUCGUCUUACCUUGGACUUCCACACGAACAAGAGGAUAUGCGAGGAAAUCGCUAUCAUUCCCAGCAAAUCCUUGCGGAACAAGAUUGCUGGAUUUGUCACUCACCUGAUGAAGAGGCUUAGGCAUAGUCAGGUACGUGGUAUCUCCAUCAAGCUGCAGGAGGAAGAGAGGGAACGCAGAGACAACUAUGUUCCUGAGGUCUCUGCUUUGGAGCAUGACAUUAUUGAGGUCGAUCCUGAGACCAAGGAAAUGUUGAAGAUGCUGGAGUUUAACAACAUCACUGGACUCCAACUGACGCAACCUGUCCCACAAUUUAGCCGACGCUCUUAAAAUUAAUUUUCCUUUGCUUUACACUAUAAACAAAAUGGUUGGUCCUGCACUUUUCAAAUAAAAUUGCAAACCAACACUCACAA